UCUUCUUCCUUCUUUUCAUAUCCUUUCGAAGAAGCCUUCUCUUCGAGCUAGGGUUUCGAUUUUCCAUCCUCUGGCUCCGAGGUGAUCCAAUGGAGCUUUUGACUCGUGGGACGCUUGAUUGAUGUAGAGCUUCAUUUUUGUUUUACUAAUUGGUUGAUUUAGUGGAUUUAUGGACGAAUUAGUUUAGGGACUUGUCGGUAAUACCUUCGUUUUGGUGUGAAAUCAGUAAAGCUAACCGCUUUUGUGCUUUUGUGGUAAGAGAACAUGGCUGGGACCCUUUUUCAGUCAGCUAUUGUUCCUAAUGCGGUAGUUCGAAGCCGCAGUCAGCUUUCUGGUUCAGGGAGAACAAGGAGGGCUGCUAUGAUGAUGUGUACUGUGCGAAGCCAUCCCCUUACUUUGCACCGUUUUAAUGGCUUGCGAGUAUCCACUCCUUUGGGUUCUAGAUCCCAGAAGGAUUUUCAUUCUGUUGUGGCAGCUUCAAUCCUUGCUCCACAAAGGAAGGCUAGUCGAGGAGGUGUUGUUGCUAUGUUUGAACGCUUUACAGAGAAAGCUAUCAAGGUUAUUAUGCUUGCCCAAGAGGAAGCAAGACGUCUAGGCCAUAAUUUUGUUGGAACAGAACAGAUAUUGCUUGGUCUUAUUGGUGAAGGGACUGGGAUAGCAGCCAAAGUUUUGAAAUCAAUGGGGAUCAACCUUAAAGAUGCCCGCGUAGAGGUAGAAAAGAUAAUUGGAAGGGGCAGUGGGUUUGUAGCUGUGGAGAUACCAUUUACACCUCGUGCAAAGCGUGUUUUGGAACUCUCUCUUGAGGAAGCCCGCCAACUUGGUCACAAUUACAUAGGAUCUGAGCACUUGCUUCUUGGAUUACUUCGCGAGGGUGAAGGUGUAGCUGCACGUGUACUUGAGAGCCUUGGAGCUGAUCCAAGCAAUAUCCGUACACAGGUCAUUCGGAUGGUUGGUGAAAGCACAGAAGCUGUUGGUGCCGGAGUUGGAGGUGGAAACAGUGGAGCCAAGAUGCCUACUCUUGAGGAAUAUGGAACCAAUUUAACCAAAUUAGCAGAAGAGGGUAAACUUGAUCCUGUUGUUGGAAGGCAGCAGCAAAUUGAGCGUGUUACCCAGAUCUUGGGUCGCCGUACAAAGAACAAUCCUUGCCUGAUUGGAGAGCCUGGUGUUGGGAAGACAGCUAUUGCAGAAGGCCUUGCCCAGCGCAUCGCAAAUGGAGAUGUUCCAGAAACUAUUGAAGGCAAGAAGGUAAUUACCCUAGACAUGGGGCUGCUUGUUGCGGGCACAAAAUACCGUGGAGAGUUUGAAGAAAGAUUGAAGAAGCUGAUGGAGGAAAUCAAGCAAAGUGAUGAGAUUAUACUCUUUAUUGAUGAGGUCCACACGCUAAUUGGUGCGGGAGCAGCUGAAGGUGCUAUAGAUGCUGCCAAUAUCCUGAAACCAGCUCUUGCAAGAGGUGAAUUGCAGUGUAUUGGAGCCACUACACUGGAUGAAUAUAGGAAGCACAUUGAGAAGGAUCCUGCUCUGGAAAGACGUUUCCAGCCAGUAAGAGUGCCUGAACCAACUGUCGAUGAAACCAUACAAAUCCUUAGAGGGCUUCGUGAACGAUACGAAAUUCAUCACAAACUUCGUUAUACAGAUGAGGCACUGGAUGCUGCUGCACGAUUGUCAUAUCAGUAUAUCAGUGAUCGCUUCCUUCCGGAUAAAGCUAUUGACUUGAUUGAUGAAGCUGGUUCUCGUGUUCGGCUUCGUCAUGCACAGCUUCCUGAGGAGGCUAGAGAACUUGACAAAGAGCUCAGGCAGAUCGCCAAGGAAAAAAAUGAGGCAGUUCGUGGUCAGGAUUUCGAGAAGGCUGGAGAGCUGAGAGAUCGAGAGAUGGAAUUGAAGGCUCAGAUUACAGCAUUAAUUGAUAAGGGUAAAGAAAUGAGCAAAGCAGAGAGUGAGGCUGGUGAUUCUGGCCCAGUUGUUACAGAAGUAGAUAUCCAACACAUUGUAUCCUCUUGGACUGGAAUUCCAGUUGAGAAAGUCUCGACUGAUGAGUCUGACCGUCUCCUGAAGAUGGAAGAAACUCUUCACAAACGUGUCAUUGGCCAGGAUGAAGCUGUCAAGGCCAUAAGCCGUGCCAUCCGCCGAGCCCGGGUUGGUCUUAAGAAUCCUAAUCGGCCAAUUGCAAGCUUUAUAUUCUCUGGUCCAACUGGUGUAGGGAAAUCUGAAUUGGCCAAGGCUUUGGCUGCCUACUAUUUUGGUUCAGAGGAAGCCAUGAUCCGGCUUGACAUGAGUGAGUUCAUGGAGAGACACACUGUUUCCAAGCUCAUCGGUUCACCACCUGGUUAUGUUGGCUACACCGAAGGUGGCCAGCUGACUGAAGCAGUUCGCCGUCGUCCCUACACUGUUGUCCUCUUUGAUGAGAUUGAGAAGGCUCAUCCAGAUGUUUUCAAUAUGAUGCUCCAGAUAUUGGAGGAUGGAAGGCUGACAGACAGCAAAGGACGAACUGUGGACUUCAAGAACACACUCUUAAUUAUGACUUCCAAUGUUGGUAGCAGCGUGAUUGAGAAAGGAGGACGUAGAAUUGGUUUCGAUCUGGAUUACGACGAGAAGGAUAGCAGCUACAACCGGAUUAAAAGUCUGGUGACUGAGGAGCUAAAACAAUAUUUCCGUCCGGAGUUCCUUAACAGGUUAGAUGAAAUGAUUGUCUUCAGGCAGCUCACAAAACUGGAGGUGAAGGAGAUUGCUGACAUAAUGCUGAAAGAGGUGUUUGAGAGGUUGAAAGCAAAGGACAUAGAUCUUCAGGUUACCGAGAGAUUCAGGGAUCGGGUGGUCGAAGAAGGCUACAACCCGAGCUAUGGAGCGAGACCAUUGAGGCGGGCUAUCAUGAGGCUUUUAGAGGAUAGCUUGGCGGAAAGGAUGCUUGCCGGGGAAAUCAAAGAGGGAGAUUCAGCCAUUGUUGAUGUUGACUCUGACGGCAAUGUCACGGUGCUGAACGGAGGAAGUGGUCUCGCAGCAGAAGCAUCCCCUCCUGCUGUUACUGUAUGAUAGCAGUUAUAUUGUUUCCUUAGACAGUUGUGUGAGGCAAAUGACAUGCUGAUAGGUAGAUGGUAGUCUUUUGUCGAGGCUGCUCGGUCCUUGCUGCCGAAUCGCCACCUCAGUGUCUCGUAUUUGAUUUAAGUUAUUCUGAUGUUUGAGUCGAAUUUUAUACACCUCAGCUUCAUCACCCAUCCUCAGAAAUCAAGAGGCAUGUUCACCCCCAUCUUAGUGUCUAGUGUAUUGUCUUAUCUCAUCAGAUAUGAACUUCAGGAUACACAAAUAAGUACUGCAUGGAAUGAUCAUUAUGUUUUUCAGGAUAUUUA